GUUGGGGUCGGAAUUCGGUGCUCCGUAGGGGCAGUGGCUUCCGUGGCUCAAGAUUCCAGUGGCCACGGAACCUAACUGUUGAUAUUUUAUAAACAGUGCUCCGUAGGGGCAGUGGCUUCCGUGACUGCGGGAUUCCAGUGGCCACGGAACCUAACUGUUGAUAUUUUUUUAUUUGACAUUUUCCAAAAAAAACGUAGAGAUCAAUUCCUCAUUUGGUAGUUGGUACAACUCUGAACUUUAGGCGUUUGUGAUUUUGGCCCCAAUUGCUUCGAUGGAAGCAUGGAAACUAUUUUGGCCCAUAUCGGCCUCACACGGCGGCUCGUUUCCCGCCAAAUCACUGCAAAACGAUGUUGUUUCUCAACCGGCAGGGCUCCUCCGCACGCGGCGGCCGCCGUCACCAAGAAGACAUGCAUAGAUCUCCUGAAGGCCUGCAAAUCCAUGGCCCAGCUGAAGCAAAUCCAGGCCUUGCUCUUCUCCCUCGGCAUCCACCGGCACGUCGACACCCUCCACAAGCUCAUGGCAGUCGCCGCCGACCCUCUCGUCGGGGAACUCGGCCACGCCGGGAGAAUCUUCGAUCGCAUCGAGAACCCGACCCUAUUCAUCUACAAUGUGAUGAUCAAGGCGCACGCAAAAUCGGGUCAGUUCAGGGACGCCAUUUUCUUGUUCGAAGAGCUCAGAUGGCGUGGGAUGUCUCCGGAUGGUUUCACCUACCCCUUCGUCUUCAAGUCCAUUUGUGGAUUGAAUGAACUUCCCGAAGGCCAAAGGAUUCACGGGGUUGUGUUGAAGACCGGAGUUGGGCUUGAUUGCUACGUGUCAAACUCAGUAAUGGACAUGUAUGGCGAAUUGGGUUCUGUGGAGUGUGCACAGAAAGUGUUCGACGAAAUGCCAAACCGAGAUUCAGUCUCCUGGAAUGUUUCAAUUGCCGGAUACGUUAGAUGCAGCAGGUUCCAAGAAGCCAUUAAUGUCUAUAAGAUGAUGUUAAGAGAGGGAAGAUUUAUACCCGAAGAAGCCACAGUUGUUAGCACCUUAACUGCUUGUGCUGCACUCAAAAAAUUGGAUCUUGGAGAAGAAAUUCAUCAGUAUGUUAACAAAGAUCUUGGGCAUACAAUCAAGAUUGAUAAUUCUUUACUGGAAAUGUACUGUAAGUGUGGUCGUUUAAAGACAGCUAGACAAAUAUUUGAUUCAAUGCCGAAAAGAAAUGUCAUGUCCUGGACAAGCAUGGUUUCAGGGUACGCCAGUUUUGGUCAGCUUGAAGAAUCUAAGAAUCUGUUUUUGAAGAGCCCAGAGAAGGAUCUGGUUUUAUGGACUGCUAUGAUCAAUGGUUUUGUCCAGUUCAACCGUUUCGAAGAAGCCAUUUCUCUUUUCCAGGAAAUGCAGGAGCAGGGAAUCAAGCCUGACAAGUACACACUGGUUUCUCUACUCAAAGGGUGUGCUCAGGCAGGAGCACUGGACCAAGGGGGGAAAAUCCGUAAUUACAUGGUUCAAAACGGGAUAAGAAUCGACGCGGUCGUGGGGACCGCCCUCAUGGAGAUGUAUGCGAAAUGUGGGUCCCUCGACAAGUCUCUGGAAGUCUUUGACGAGUUAAAAGAGAGGGACCCGCAUUCCUGGACAUCCAUCAUCUGCGCCUUUGCGAUGAACGGGCAUACGAAGAAGGCUCUGGAACUGUUUUCGCAAAUGGAACGUUCCGGAAUCAUCCCGGACGGCAUCACCUUCAUCGGCGUCCUCACGGCGUGCAGUCACGGUGGAUUAGUAGAGGAAGGCCGCGGGUAUUUCGACACAAUGGUGAGGAAAUAUGGUGUGGAACCCAAGGUGGAACACUAUGGUUGCUUGGUAGACCUUCUGGGGCGUGCAGGGCUAUUGAAUGAAGCAGAGGAGAUGAUGCGCGGAAUCAGGAAAGAUGAAGAUAGAGAUGUUGUGGUUACAAUCUAUGGUUCCUUGCUCAGUGCUUGCAGAAUCCACGGGGAUGUCGAAAUGGGUGAACGGGUUGUGAAGCUUGCGACCGCGGUUGAUGAAUCGAGCGAGUCGAGUACCCACACGCUGCUGGCGAACAUGUAUGCCUCUGCUGAUAGAUGGGAGGAUGUGUGGAAGGUUAGAGACAAUAUGAAGGCUUUACAGGUUAGGAAAUUGCCAGGUUGUAGUUCAGUUGAAAUCCUAAGAUGACACCUUAAAUAGAAGAACAUUACAGUUCCCACUAAAAGGAAAGGGUUAAGGGUUUAUUUGGAGGCCAAAAGGGUGAAAGGUGGAGUGAGAAUUGAUGAGUCCAACUUCCAUUUAUGAUAUAUCAAUCAAACCCAGGUGGAUAUGAAGAAUGAAAGGGCGAGGAGAAUCCGCCCGAGACCCAUAAACUACAUCUGUUGUC